CGUAAUGCACGAGAGUGGAGCGGAGGAGUGUGAGCGGGAGGGGGGGUCUCCUCGCGCAGCUGCUUCAGGAGGACUGAACUCGGAUUAGAGGGAAAGCAGCCUCCGCUCGACCGGCCCGAGGAGUAGAAACAGAGAGAGGAAUAAAGACGAAAAGGAGUUACACUGAGCCGAAACAAUAGAGGAGAAGAGGGACGGACACGUCGGCCUGCAGACAGACAGACAGACAGAGAGAGAGAGAGAGAGAGAGAGAGAGAGAGGAGUUGAGAGAAGAGCGGAGAGCGAAUGUUUGUUCUCCGAGCUGCCAGCGGCGGAGUUUCCCCCCCUCAGACUCGGUGAAGCCGACUCCUAAGGAGGAAGAUUGAUAUGAAAGCUUGAGAGACUCAGCACCAGACAUGGGGACAAUGGCUCUUGUGCCUGACGGCAUAGGCCGACAGCUGGGCUGUCAGCGUGGAUUGCUCUAGGUGAUGAGAAUGCUCAUGACGAAGCAGGUGACGAGGAUGAGACGGUGGCGUUGAGGAAGACUGAACUACCCUGAUCGUCCUCGUGCCACAGGAUGUUGCGUUUCGUUUCACUGAAGUUUGCCCGCGUCUACCGGUGUGGCAAAUUCCUCUUCAUCGUGGCUCUGUUCGUCAUCCUGCUCAUGAACACCCACAAUCUUUUUGCCUCCUUCCAAAGGAACGAGCUCACGGAUCGCCGCUUCAUCGGCCUCAACAAGUGCCCGGCCUGCUUCGGGACCAGCUGGUGCCGCAAGUUCAUGAACAGCCAGGUCACUUUUGAGACCUGGGGCCGGCUGCGCUUCCUGGACUUCUUCAACGUGAAAAACGUCUAUUUCGGCCAGUACGGAGAGCCCCGGGAAGGGACUCGCCGUGUGGUGCUCAAGCGCCUGGGAUCCAACCAGGAGCUUGCAGAGAUCGAUCAGAAAAUAUGCAAAAGAGCCACAGGAAGGCCUCGCUGUGACCUCAUCCAGGGCAUGUACAAAACUGAGUUUGCUCGACUUAAUGGCAACGUGAGGUUGCUGACCCCGGAGGUGGUUGAGGGUUGGUCGGACUUGGUGCACUGCCCCUCCCAGAGGCUUCUGGACAGGGUGGUAAGACGGUAUGCAGAGACCAAGGACUCCGGAAGCUUCCUCUUGAAGAAUCUAAAGGACACUGAAAGGAUGCAGCUACUCAUGACAAUGGCAUUCAACCCAGAACCUCUGGUCCUGCAGAGUUUCCCUUCAGAUGAGGGCUGGCCGUUUGCCAAGUACCUGGGGGCGUGCGGUCGCAUGGUGGCUGUGAACUACGUAGGUGAGGAGCUGUGGAGCUUCUACAACGCGCCGUGGGAGAAGCGAGUGGACCUGGCCAAGCAGUUGAUGGACAUCGCCGAGCAGCUCACCAACAACGACUUCGACUUCGCUCUCUACCUGCUGGACGUCAGCUUCGACAACUUCGCUGUUGGACCCCGGGAUGGAAAAGUGAUUGUCGUGGAUGCGGAGAAUGUCAUCGUGGCAGACAAGAGGCUCAUAAAGCAAAAUAAACCGGAGAACUACGACGUGUGGUACGAGAGCCGCUCCGAAGAGUGCGACAAAGAGGCCUGCCUGUCUUUCUCCAAGGACAUACUGUGUUCGCGGGUCACCGUGGACCACAACUACUACGCCAUCUGCCAGAACCUGCUUUCCCGUGCUGCUACGUGGCGCGGCACUACGGGGGGCCUCCUGCAUGACCCCCCUGCCGACAUGGCCAGGGACGGGCGCCUCGCCUCUCUGCUGGACGAGUGCACCAAGCCUCAGAAACGCUUCGGCCGCUUCCAGGCAGCUAAGGAACUGCGAGAGUACCUCACGCAGCUAACAGAGCAAGCAAAUGCUAAAAGGUAGUACACGCUGAAGAGGUGGGGGUGCUGGACUUCCCCUCCCUUUCUGAUACAAACUGGGCCUAGUAAAGCAGCAGGAGGCACUGGAAUAUUCUGUUAGAGGUAUUCUUUAUACUUGUUUUGCUCUGUUUUUCUUUUACACCCAGACCGGAAUGGCGUUUCUGCCCAUCAGACACGUUCCUAGCUUUGAAAGAGGCCUUAUCUGAGGCUAAUUAAAGGAGUUUGCACAUGGACUUGGAUGAGAGGGUGGGUGAAGAUUCACAGACUAUAAGCAGGGAAGUUGUAUGUGCGAGUGCGUGUGUGUGUCUGUGAUGCCGCUGAGCCGAUGCUAAUGCAGAAGCCUUGUUAGCAGUAAUGGGCAUGAUGCGACUGGGCUUCAGUCAGCCCGUCUGGGCUCUGAUCAGGAUCCUCUAAUGAGGUUUAUGUUUAAUUUAUCGAGCCUCGUGCAGCAAAAUGACCCAAAAGCAGCAGCUAUGUUCGUUACACACUUUUUUGUUUUUGUUUUUUUGUUAUUGUGUUUUGUUAUUGUAAGAUUUCUUAGUCCUUUGUAGAAAAAAAAAAAACUUUGAGUAUUGAAAGGACCUUCAGUAGGAUGUCUUACCAGUUUUCUAAUACUGUAACAGCAGAUUUCUCCUUAAAUGAAAAGAGCAGUAGUAUUUGGACAACGGGCCUUGUGCGCAUAGGAAUAUCAAAUAUGAAAAUGUGCAUAGGAGAACACAUUAGGGCAGCAUU